AUGAAUAAACGUGAAAAGGAAAUGAGAAAAUUGGAGAAUGAAGAUGAUGUUGAAACAAUCACAGAAAACAAAACGAUAUUGACAUUUAAAAAUGAAUUGCAAUCAAAUAACAAUAAAUUGAAAAAUUAUAAAGUGAAAGAGAAUGUUGAACUGGAUCAUGAUAUGGUUGUAAUUGAAUCUGAUUCAGAAAUCACUGUCAGAAAAUCUAAAGGAAAGCCAUCAAAAUCACUUUUGAGAAAGCCCAAUCCAGAUUCAUCACAGCUUAACCCAAUUUUAAAAAGACUUAAAUCUUCAGAAUUAAGUCUUCCUAAUGUAUAUUGUAUUGAAUUUGAAUCGGAAGGAGAGGGGUUCUAA